GGUGUGGCGGGAGCGUUCCUCGCCUUCCUAACCUUCGUGGUGCGGGACCAUUUCGCGCGGCGGCCGCCCUGGGACGGCGGCGACGCCGACUGGUGCCGCUCGGAGGCUCUGGCACCGCCUCCCGCCCCGCCUGCGCGGGACGACGCUGUCUGCCGUGUGAGCUGGGUCCACCCUGGCAUCGUGGAGGAGAUCGCGCAGCAGCUCGCCGCUGAUCGCUGCGUGUGCGAGGUUCAGUGCAACAGCGGGGCGAGGGACUUCGCCCUGUUCGCGGGCGGCGUGGGCUUCUUCGGCUUCGGGCAGUUCAUCUACUGGGUGACCUUCUUCGGCAAGUGCUACUGCUGUCGGCGGGAUGGCGAGCGUCUUACGGUGCGGGAGUUCUUGAAUGAGCUCCUCCCUGGCCGCCUCGUGGCGGUCAGAUACCCAGGAGAGGACCUCUACCACGAGAGGGUGGUCCUCGGCCCGUGCGCUCGCGACCCGCUCGGCCGAGUGAGUCGCUGGGAGGUGCUGACGCCCGACCACGACAAAUACGACGAGGACAUGACCAUGGAGGGCGACGAAGGCGAGGCCAUCGUCCUCCUGGACGACAUGGGGAAUUGUCCAGCUGGCCUGCGAGGUAAAUUUCACCGCUUUGCUGGAGACCGCUAUCCAAGCAGCCAGCAGAUCGUGGACUGGGCCAGGGCCCAGGUCGAGCAGAUCAGGGCCGCUGGUGAGGAGCCGCUGUCGAUGACUCACUACAUCGACCACGCGGGCUCUCGCAAGGCGCUGGCUGGCGUGGGCAGGCGGCUCCGCCUGGGCGCCCCCGCGCCCUUGCCUGCGGGGGGGCCCGAGGCCCCUGGAGGCGCGGCCGCCGCUGGCCGCCUCGCGGCCGUGGACGGCGACGCCGACGGCGCUGGGGCUCCCGCGGGGCCCGCUGGCGCGGUCGGCCUGGACGCUGUGCGAGACGCUACCGAGGACCCCUUCGGUCCCCUGCGUGCGCGCGAGGAGCCCGCCGAGGGUCGUGUCUGGAUUGUGUGCGAGAACUCCAACGAGCACGAGACCCUCGGGCUGGAGGUCACGUUGAGGCCUGGCGACAUCGCCAUCACCAGCCACGACGGGUUGGUGCAUCGGCACGGCGGGUUCUUGAGGAUUCGCUCGGUGCCGUCCAGCGAGUGCGCCGACUUCGUUGCCCGCCUAAAGGCUCGCUACAAGUCGACUGCUGCUGAGCCGCCUGCUGGGGCCUUGGCGAUCGGCGGCACGAAGACUCCCCCCGUCGAGGUCGACGACGACGUCAGGACCUUGUGGGUCGACUACGACGAGUCUGGGAACCGUUUCAAGUCCUUCAAGAAGGCCGUGCAGGAGAGCCGCGAGGAGCCCAUCACGGCCGUGGAGGUGCAGGGCCCGCCUGGCACGCUCCACCUCGCUCGGUUCAUCGAGCGGCACGGCGGGGACCCGCGGCGCUGGUGGCAGGGCUUCGCGCGGGACCACGGCAUCAGCAAGACGGACAGGGUCUACCACGAGAUGACGAACCUCACGGAGAGCCUGAAGUUGUUCGGCGAAUACGACCAGCUCAACUUGGGUGCCUCCGCGGGCAUCGAGAAGCUGACGAGACGCAUCUGCGGGGUGAUCGACGCCUACGCGGCAGGCGGGGGGGUCCCCAGCUGGAAGAUGGCAGGCGUCUACGAGGGCGAGGCCAACUCGAUCGACGCCAUUGCCCCCUCCUUGCGCAAGUGGGGCCUGACCAAGGUGAAGGACCAGAACGAGCUGGAGCAG